UGAUCAUGGAAAGCUGGCGGUAAGCGCCCGCCAGAUUGCCGUUCAGACGCGCGAUGCACACCGCAUUCUCACAUUUGCUCCACUCCCAUGAAGUCGACCUCCUCCUGCAUUGCGACGCUCCUCCUCGCUGCGUCAGCGACCCACGGUCUGCGCCUCUCGGCCCAAGAAAAGGUCGACGUCGCCGCCAAGCUCGCGGCGUGGAAGGCUAGCCACGCCGGCAAGCAAGCGGAAGCCAACGGUUUUCUCCCGCCCAAGACCGAGCACGGCAACCUCGAGGACGGCGAGAUCGACGACGAGCUCGAGCGCUUUGCGACGACGCAAAAGAUCGUCGACGACCUCAACACGCAGCACAGCGGCGCCGUCUUCUCGACCGACAACCAGUUUGCACUCAUGACCGAAGACGAGUUUGCGGCGUUUGUGAAAGGCGCGUUCAAGCACGAGACGCCCAAGCGCCAGCUCCGCGCCGACAACAUUCAACUGUCGCUCACGCAAGCACAGCGCGAGGCCACGGACGUCGACUGGACGACCAACAAGUGCAUGUCGCCGGUGAGCACCGAGCAAAUUGGAAAAUGA